UUAGAAUCUGUCACCCAGACUUUCUCUUCCCUUCCUCUCCCAACAGCCGAUCCCUACAGCUGCAUAGCAUGCAUAGCAUGCCAAAAGGAUGAGUGGGCCAGGAUUGGCAGUACCUCAUGCACUAAGCACUCUAUAGAGUAUCUGCAUUCUGAUGCUCCGUUGGCCAUUUUUCUGAUGUUCGAGGCCAGCUCCAUCAUCCUCAUCUCAAUGGCCAUCUUGGUUCUGUUCCUUUGUAAGAAUGACACCCCUGUGGUAAAGUCAGCCGGUGGGAGGCUCUGCUUCCUCAUGUUGUGUUGCUUGUCCAUGUCCUCCAUCAGUGUCUUCUUCCACAUCGGCAAACCCACAGAGGCCAUCUGCACCUUACGCAAUUCUGUGUUUGUAGUCUUCUAUCUGGCCUGCCUGUCCUGUCUUGCUGUUUGCUCCUUCCAGAUUGUCUGUAUCUUCAAAAUGGCCGCCAAACUGCCCAAAGCGUAUGAUUUCUGGGUCAAGCAUGGGGGUCAGUGGAUCACUAUUAUCACAACCACUGUCAUAAUGCUGUUUCUGUGCAUUUUGUGGAUAGCCAUUGAAGGACCCAAGCCCAAUCAGAUAACAUUGUAUAGCGAGGUAAUUUUGGAUCGCACAUAUGGAGUCAUCCCCAUCUUUUAUGUGAUAGUACUGUUUGCCGCUUUGCUGGGUAUUGCAUGCUUUAGUUUUGCCUACAUGGGAACUGACCUGCCCAAAAACUACAACGAGGGUAAAUCUAUCACUUUCAGCUUGCUUAUCUUCUUCAUCUCUUGGGUCAUCUCUCUGACGGUGCACCUGUCUACCAAAGGAAAGCACACACUCUCCGUCACUCCUUGCUCUGUGCUGUGCAGUCUGUAUGGUAUACUCUUUGGUUACUUCCUCCCUAAAUGCAAUAUCAUUAUCAUUACACCUGAGCGUAAUACAGCAGCCUAUUUUCAAACUGCAAUCCAGAGUUACACACUUCAACCUAGAUAAUGUACAUAUGUUGAGACAUAUUGUUGUGUGGCACUAGAACUGCCACUAUUGUGUUCUGUGAUGUUUCUUUUCAGUCAAUAUCUAUAUUUUUUAAUACCAUGCUGUUUCCU